AUGCAAAACCCUUUAAGUCUUAAAGAGAACGAAUCAAAAAUAAUAGAGAGAGCAACCUAUAAGAAAAUAAAAGGAAUUUUAUUCGACAGUUUUGGAAAGGACAAUUUUGAUAUUCACACAUCCACCCUCAACAAAAAGCUUUUGGGAGAGGACAACUUUUGUAUUAUAUUUGAAGACAACAGUUCUUCCAAAUUUGGAAUUCAUAUCACACAAAAAGUUACAAAACAACGACAAUGGAUUACUGAUGACAAAGCGAUGAUAUUUAAAAUCACAACAAAUGGGUGUGAGGAUCUUCAUCGAUACAAACUUGACAAGAAGUAUAGCAAUAUGGCUUUUUAUUUGCCAAGCAAAGAUGAUGAAGAGCUCUUGUUGUGUGGAUAUGAUGAUUUGACUAUUUACAAAAAUCGAAACAAACCUGUUGAUUGUGACGGCUAUUAUUUUGGUAUUGACAGAUAUUUAUUUAACGGAAACAUUUUUUAUCUACAUCGAAUGAUAGUGGUGAAAUUACAAUGA